GACGAAGAGGAUGUCCCAGGAGUGUCCAGCCGGCCAGACUCUCAGUCUGAGGAGAAGAAGAUCAUCGAUCCCAACAGUGGCGAGUUCCCAGAGAAAGUAACCAAGCACAUCAUCGAGUCUGCAAAGCAGGAUGUUGAUGAUGAGUACACGGUGCCAGAGACUGAACUGACCAUCUUCCAGCAGUCCUACUACGGUGUAGCUCACGCCAUCAUUGAGAGGGUCGACAAACAGUCUUCGCUGCUCAUCAACGGCAUGCUCAAACACUACCAGGUGCAGGGUCUAGAGUGGAUGGUGUCUCUGUACAACAACAAUCUGAAUGGUAUCCUGGCUGAUGAGAUGGGGCUGGGCAAGACCAUCCAGACCAUCGCCUCAUUACAUACCUCAUGGAACACAAGAGACUCAACGGACCCUACCUCAUCAUCGUUCCACUAUCGCAAUGUCCUGUUUCUUCAGUUCACUGUGGUGUUGUGUGAGGAGAAUGUUGAUUAUACUCUGUCCAACUGGGUCUAUGAGCUGGAUAAAAUGGUCUCCGUCUGUUGUGAAGAUUUCCUACAAGGGGACCCCUGCUAUGAGACGCAGGCCUGGUGGCUCAGCUCCGCAAAGGGAAGUUCAAUGUCCUCCUCACCACCUACUCUAUACAUAAUUAAGGACAAACAGAUCCUGGCCAAG